AUGCAUGGAAUGUAUGAAAAGCAGAUUCACUCCGACUUAAUUGUUAACUGCAAAGGCGUAGAAAUCCGUGUUCACAAGUGCGUCCUUUCUGCUAGAUCUCCAGUAUUUGCUAAGAUGUUCGAACACGUCACCACUGAAAGCAGCGACAACCGAAUCAUCAUCACUGAUAUCGACCCUGAUAUCCUUGAAGAGCUGAUGAAGUUUCUUUAUUGUGGUAAAAUAAACUCGUCCAUGUAUUCGAAGAUUCAUGAUUUGUAUUGUGCAGCUGAAAAGUAUUUGAUAACGGAUCUCAAAGAUACGUGUCGUGAUUUUAUUACAUCUUCUUUUGCGUCCACUACGACAGCUGUGGAAGCGUUAAAUUUAGCCGAUAAGAAUAAGGAUGAAGAAAUGAUGCAAAAAGCCGCCGCUUUUAUUGUUUCUUCAUUUCAACAUGUAAAUUCAACAUAA